CCAGCUGUCACUAUAACAGUACACAAAACAUUCACGCGCAAAUCCAAACUUGACCAGCAGCGACGGACUCUUCAAGUUCAGAACAUAUCGAUGUAGAUUAAUAAGAAGAAAGUAAAACUAGCCGUAAACUUGCGGUUUAAGAAAACAUACACGAGAAGAAACACUGACGGAGGGCGGGAGGAAAGGGAAAGCCAAAGGGGUGUUUCCUCUCCAGCAGAGGAAGGACCGAAGUUGAGAAAUAAGUCAGUAAACUAUACGCGAAAUGUGUACAAGCGUUAAACUUUAUGUGACAGUCGCGAUGUCGACGUCAGUUUUCCGAUAAAAGCCUGCCUGUGCUUGACCAGCAUUACUCUCCACCGGAUGGAGGAGAAUCCAGACAGCGACAGGCGUUAUUCGAGGACCACCGAUGACCCCUCACCCUCUGACCAGGGGACCAGACAGCAGAGUGAAGAACAGUCUCCUCUGGGUGACCACGACCUUCCCAUCAUGCAGUGGGAAGAGUUGAGUUUGCGGAUUGCAGAGCUGGAGAGGCAGGAAGAGGAAAGAAGGAAAAAAGCAGAGAGUCUGGGUCUAUCAGAGCGAGACCGAAUACUUGGAUGCUGGACCGAAUCAAAACACCAUUCAGUCCACCGGGAGCCAUGGGCAGAUGAGAACGACUACAGUCCCUGUCGCAUUCCUGUCAUAACCUCACGGUUUAACAGCCCUAAAAAUCUUCAGCUCUGUUUCAUCAACAACAGCGAAAGCGAGGAGGACGAAGACGAAGGUGCAUCAAGCAAAGAGAGCUCAUGUGAAGCAGAGGUACGUGGGAGUUAUUCUGCAGGGCUAAAACAGGAAGUGAAAAUAGCACUCAGGGCUCUCAGAGACGAGCUUUUGGCCGAACAGAAAGAGAAAGAGCAAGCCCCCCACAGUAACAUGAACAUUCGGAGAAAGAUCCUGAGCCUGAGUGAUCUGCAGACGUGCUCUUUACUGCAGCUGAAUGCACUCAGAGCUUCACUCAAUGAGGACAUUCAAGAUUUGAGCUCGGAACUGGUGAAGCAUCUGGUAAUACGGGACCACCUUCGGACCAAGCAAGACGCUUUGCUCCUGGAUGUACAGGAUAUGACGUCAUUGUGAAUGAUUUUUUGUUUGCGAUGCUGCGUGACAGCAGUUCAACGUUGGCACUUUCUGAAAGCGGUAAUUUACUGUUACUCAUCCUGUGGACUAACAAAGGCCAGAAUAUCCUGUUUGUUCUUGAAGAAACGUAGCCCUCAGAAACUUUGAUAAAAUGUGAGUCACAUUGAUAAAAGUCACAAGUUUUAUUGUGGAAAAAAACAAGUGCCUUAAUAACGAAUCCUAAUGGCUCUGAUUCAUGUCUCAGCACUUGGUUUAAUUUAGCUUCCAUAAAUUAGUGAAUAUAUGUAUAAUAAGCUGCUGUCAAAGCCAUAUGUGAUCAAUAACUGGGAUGUAUUAACCAUCAGUUUCUCUGAAGCAUUCCAAUACUGAAAUACAGUAUAUAUAUAUAUAAUCGUCAUGACAAUAUAAACUGAAUGAAGCUGUCUGUCAUAUGAAUGUGCCUUACAACUUUCCUGUGUAUCGAACUUAUACAUGAGAAUGAAAUAUAUCUGAAUUCUUAAUAUUCACUAUAAUUUAAUAAAAUCAUUUAUUUUAUAUUUUA